AUGAACAUAAAUUCAAUCAGCAACGUAUAUUUAGCCGAAUGGUACCAGAAAGAAGCAGAUCUGAAUCGUCAACUGAUGGUGAGCUUUUUUCCCAGCGACAAGUCCGUUGAACUAAUCGAUUUGAAAACCAGAAAAACGUUCCUGCGUCGUACCAAAAUCGAGGAGCUUAACGAGAACGAUUUUUUCAUCGGUGCAAAAUUGCUUAUAUUUGGCAAACAGAUUCAUAUAAUCGACUACGGUGAUGCAAAAACGAGGAAUAAAAAAGCCGAUCAACAACUUUCUUUUGGAAUGAUAAAAGCAGAUGCGUUGCUGCAUAUUGGGGAGAUACUAUCUAAAAUCUACAAGACAGGCUUAGGUGUCCGUCGACUGGCGAUGUUGAAAAUAGAUGAAAAUUAUUCCUCGAUAUUAAAAUCAGUUCGCUCGGAGGCUUCUAAUUUGAACUAUCUGAUGGAUUGCAUGCCCAGUCAGUCAUUCAUAGCAAUGGAGAUCAUUGGCAAUAACGCGUACAAUCAAUAUCGAGAACUAUGUGGCCCCGAAUCCGCAUCCGAAGCAAAAGAAUGUGCCCCGAGCAGCUUCCGUGGAUUGUAUGGAAGUGAUAUUUACUGUUCACGUUCUGCCGAAGAUGCUGCUAAUGAAUCCCGAUUCAUCUUUCAAAAUAACGACAUCAAACUUGUGCUCCGCUCAUCAGCACUAUUCACGAAUAGCACGCUGUGUAUUAUCAAGCCACACGCGGUGCGCGAGGGUAAAACAGGAGAAAUUAUCACCGAAAUAUUGUUGAAAAAAUAUACCAUAACCGCCAUGAAAAUGCUUCGCUUCGAACGUCCUAACUGCGAAGAAUUCCUCGAAGUGUACAAAGGAGUCGUGCCUGAGUACGAGUCCAUGGUAAUGCAGAUGAUCAGCGGAGACUGUGUAGUAUUGGAAAUUACCAACAAAUACGAUGAUAAUCGCAGCACCUACCAGAGUUUCCGAGACUUUUGUGGACCCAUUUGUCCCGAAGUCGCCAAACUCACCAGACCUCAAACCUUACGGGCCAUGUUUGGGAAAAACAAGGUGAUGAAUGCCAUUCACUGCACCGAUCUGGAAGAAGACACCACGCUCGAGUUGGAAUAUGUUUUUAAAUUUUUAAACUGA